UCGGUUUUAAUAGAUUGAGUUUGAGUUUGAUUUUAUUUUAGGUUUUAAUUUUGAUUUUUAAUUUGAAUGAUCCAAUGCAAUACGCCGUGCCUGAUUAUUACGAAGUUCUUAUUCUUGACCUUGAUUUUGUGAUUAUAUGCAUUAGAAACUUUGAAUAUAACAUCGACACAAUUUAUGAUUUCUUGUAUUGCAGAUAUCUGACUUGGAAUGUCAUGCCGGAUUAAUUAAUUAAUAUAUCAUUUUUUGUUUGUCAAUUUGAUGGUAGAUCGCCUUUUUUUAUCCACAACAUUGCAUACCAUGGCAGAUGAGUUGGGUGCUCUUUUGACUUCAUUAAUGGUGUGAUCCUGAAAAACAAGGUUCUUGUGACUCAUGCUGCAAUGUCGGGCUCAUGAAAAGUGCUUUUGAGUAUACUCUUAAAGCUGAAGGUCUUAUGCGUGAGGAGGAUUAUCCUUACAUUGGUACUGAUGGCGGUGCUUGCAAACUCAACAAGAAUAAGAUCGCAGCAAAAGUAUCAAACUUUAGCGUUGUUUCUCUCGACGAAGAGCAAACCACUGGCACUGCAAACCUUGUUAAAAAUGGUCGUCUUGCAGAAUUCUGCUUGAUUUCAGCUUUCAGGAGUCUUUUUAUCAGAAUUUGCAGAUCCACAUUUCCCGACACUGUAACUUUAGUUUGCAAAGGAGGCUGUUCAAAGAGAAGGAGAAGAGGAGAAGGUAGAAUAUGCUCAAGGUGACAAGAACAGAUUCGUAAGGUGUGUCAAAUCUGAAGCAAAAUUGCUUAUCCAAUGCAGCUUUUGGAAACCAUUUAUUACAAACAAUUGCCUAUGUAUAUUCAAGGCAAGCAGCACAAGAGCUUGGAAAGAAAGCAAUUUAUCUUGGUGCCCAAUUUUGAUAGAAUGGGGUUCGCAACAAAGAGAAUAUAAAACCUAUUACUUGGAUUUAGUAGAGUUUGAGUUGGAAGAAUGGAUUGCUAAAUAAUAACUAAUAGACUGAGUGAUGUUAUUAUUCAUCCUGUGGUAAAUCAAGCAAUACCAUCCGUUUUGUCUUUUCCACGUCA